UUUACAGAAACAUUCCGCUUCUUCAGUUUCUUCCUCAACAGAGAAUGCACCAGCGACUGCUACAUACCCAUACCAGGGUCCGAUCCCUUCAAGAUCACCAAGGGUACAUCCGUCCUCAUCCCAGUAACAAGCAUACAGAAAGACCCCAAAUAUUACCCGGACCCGGAGAAAUUUGAUCCGGAAAGGUUUUCUGCGGAGGAGAUGGCUAAACGACCGAAGUUUACUUUCAUGCCGUUUGGAGAAGGACCUAAGAAGUGCAUAGGAGCUCGCUUAGUAACCCUGCAUAUAAAGAUUGCGAUUAUCAAGCUAAUCGAGAACUUCAAGCUGACUCCGUCAACCAAAACGAAAUACCCCUUUGAGACUGAUCCUCAUUAUACGCUCACCAUUCGACCUAAAGGAGGCGCAUGGGUGAUUUUUGAACCUAUUAGUAAAUAGUCUAGGUAAUCAGGCGAAGUUGGGAUUGUUGGAAACGAUUGUUACAACCCUCCCUCUGUAAGGGUUCAGACGAUACAGGAGUGAUAAAUUCUCCAUACAAACGCUCUCGACUAUUUCCUCCCUGGUUUUUGAUGAUAUAUCAGUGAUUUUUUCAACACAUAUUAUUAUUAUUACUUGACGACCGGU